UCGAAGCAGCUCCCUCUCGAAAUGAAGAACUGCUGGGUUUUUGCUUUGCUUUUUACAAAUGUUUGUUUUAUGAAUGCGAUUCAAAAGGAAUAUUUUUUCCCUUUUGGAUUAUCUGAAGGGGAUUCAGUUCUUCAGGAUGGUGAUGAUGAAGUGUCAGAAGCCCUGAAGAUAAACAAACCAUUACAGUUCUACGAGGUCCAGUUCAACAUUCUUUAUGUUUCCACAAAUGGGUUCUUGUCCCUUCAGCCUCCACCUGGAGAGAGUCAGUAUUUAAGAAAAAUGUUUCCUCUAAGCUUCUCUGCCAUUGCACCUUUCCUGACAAACAUUAGUUCAGGACGAGGGAAAGGAUCUGUGUUUUACCGUGCAGAGGAAUCGUUAGAUGUUUUAAUCCGAGCUUCUGAAAUGGUGCAGCAAGGUUUUACUGAUUCUGCAUUUAAGUCCAGCCACACAGUCAUCGCCACAUGGGACAAUGUUGCCUGUGAAGAGGAAGGGCUCCAGCUCCCAAUUACAUAUUGUGUAACCAGUUUCCAGGUUGUGUUGGCCGGCAAUAAAUCAGACACAUAUGCCUUGUUCCUAUAUCCAGAGGAUGAGCAGAAGAUGAUAAAUAUCAGUUACAAUCAUACAAACAUGUCAAUAAGACAAGCUAAAACUCAGGCUGGUUUUAACAGAGGUGAUACAUAUGGUACAGAAGAGCUCUUCUACAGUCUGUUUGGCUAUAAUGAGACCAGCAAGAACCUCUAUAAGUCAGGGAACACCGGGGUAAAUGGACUGUGGGUUUUCCACAUCGGAACCAGCCGGUUCCCAUUCCAGAAGGUAGUUCCUGCUUCCAUCCCAAAGUCUGAUUCAAUGGGUUUUGGCAGCUUGCGCAGCACAGAUGAAGAUUUCUACAUUACAGUAGAAUCAAACAUGCCUGCAGAUAAAUCUACUUCUAAUGCCCAAAUGGACAUCCCAGCUUCACUUGUUCAACAGCCCCCAAAACCAAACCAAGAUGUAUUACACGCUACUUCAAAUAAUGUGACCAAAAUGUGUGGCCUGCACCUGAAAUUCUGCUCUCAGGAUGGUUACUGCACAGACUAUCCAACUGGUCCUUGCUGUCAUUGCCGUUCUGGUUAUUAUGGCAAUGGCAGACAAUGUUUACCCAUGGGCAUUUCUCAGCCUUUAAGUGGAAAGCUGAAUGGCCUUGUUUCUGUUGGAGACAUAAAAGUUCAGCUAAACAAUGUGGACAUCCAUGGCUUUGCUGUAGUGGGAGAAGGUCGCGUAUACAUCUCCAUUAGUCCUGUCCCAGCUCAGGCAGGCUGGGCUCUGAUGGCUGUGAGCCCGCUGGUCUCCACAUUUGGUUGGCUGUUUGCUCUUGAGCUCCAGGACCAUCUGAAUGGCUUCAGCAUAUCUGGUGCUGAGUUUUCUCAUCGGGCAGAGCUGGUUUUCAGCCCACAAGGUCAGCGUGUUACCAUUAUUCAAGAGGUUCAAGGAAUGGAUUCAUUCAACCAUUUGAAUUUUGACAUUAGGAUCAAUGGAGAUUUGCCUAGCAUUCCCGAUGGUGCUAAAGUCCAUAUUCUGCCUUUUAAAGAGACCUAUCAAUACAACCAAUCAGUUGUGACAUCAUCUUCCCUGCGGGAGUACAUGGUGGUGUCAGAAAACGGUGGAUCUGAGACAUUCUCCAACAAGCUGCACCAGAACGUGAGUUUCCGUAGCUGUGAGCACAGCCCAUGGACCAUACCAGACUUUCAGCAGGUGAAUGUGGAGCAUUUGAUGGUCACGUUCACAGAAGGAACCACCCUUAGAUAUGCCAUAACCAACAAAGUGGGACCUAUAGGAGGUGAGCUACCUGGGCUUGUAGAGUUGAAUCCCUGUUCAACUGGAAAGCACCAUUGUGACCCCAUGGCUCUCUGCCUGCCAGGAGAUGGCACUCAGUACCAUUGUCAGUGUGCCGAGGGCUUCCAUGGAGAUGGACGCAACUGCUAUGAUGUAGACGAGUGCGCUGAGGGGCUCAGUUCCUGUGGUCCUCACUCCGAGUGUGUGAAUAUGCCGGGUGGCCAUCACUGCAACUGUCAAUCUGGCUAUGAGUUUGAUCUCGAUUUGCAUGUGUGUGUGGAUAUCGAUGAGUGUUUUCUUCAGCUCUGUCAUCCGUUUGCUUCCUGCUUCAACACCCAGGGCUCCUUCCAGUGCCAGUGUUGGCCUGAAUACAAGGGCGACGGCUUCCUCUGCCAACCACCACAGAAGCCCAAACCCAUCUUAACUGUGUGCCAGCAGCACAGAGAAAGUCUGCAGGAGAAUCUAAGCAUCUACCCAGACCUGGAGGCCUUCAUUCCUCAGUGUGAUGAGAAAGGGCAGUACAAAGCCCUGCAGUGUCUGGGCACCACUGGACACUGCUGGUGUGUGGACAGUAGAGGACAGGAGAGAGUGGGCACCAGGACAAUGCCUGGCACAGCGCAUGCCAACUGUGAUCAACCAGCGGCCCUGCUUCCCCGUGUGGAGACUGUGUGCGAGCGCUGGAGGCUUUCACUCUUGACUCACUAUAAUGGUCGGCCGUCCUCUCAGGACUAUAUGCCUCUCUGUGAUGCUCACGGGAAUUUCCUGCCUGUGCAAUGUUACGGCAACAGCAGUUUCUGCUGGUGCGUGGACCAUCAAGGCAUAGAAAUUAUUGGAACGCGGUCCUACGAUGAUGUAAAGCCCCCCUGUAUCUCAGGUGAUGCAGCGGCGCUGAACAAUGCUCUGAUGUAUCCUGUCAUAAGCUCCUCCCCUUCAGGGCCUGCUAUCCUUUACACACAAGCCUCACAGAUUGGAGUCAUUCCUCUCGAUGAAACAGACCCAGUUCAAGAAAAGUCCACUGUUUUACUGGCCUUAAAGGACUCCAUCGUGAUUGGAAUCAGCUUCGACUGUCAGGAGAACAUGUUGUACUGGACAGAUUUUGGACGACGUACAAUUAACAGAGCUCUCUUAGAAUUUGGGUCUGAGCCAGAGUCUAUUAUCAGCCAAGGCUUGGUCCAGCCGGAGGGAAUUGCAGUAGACACUGUGCACAGGAAGUUAUUCUGGGUAGACAGUGGGAAAGACAGGAUUGAGACGUCCGGUCUAGACGGCGGGAGCAGACAAGUGCUGAUUGAUUCUGAUUUGGUGAAUCCCAGAGCCAUCGUAGUGGAUGCUCAGAGGGGAACCUUAUAUUGGAGUGACUGGAACCGUGAUGCCCCCAAAAUAGAGAGCUCAUCACUGGAGGGACAAAAGAGGAAAGUACUGGUGCAACUGGGUCUCAUGUUGCCCAAUGCCUUGACACUGGACUUAGACACAAAUCGCCUGUGCUGGGCAGAUGCAGGCACAAAGAAACUGGAGUGCAUAUCUCCUGACGGGACAGAGAGACGUGUGUUCCAGGAUGCUUUGGAUUACCCGUUCAGUCUGGCCAUCUAUGACAGCCACUUUUACUACACCGACUGGGCGAGGGAUGGGAUAAUGGUGAUCGAUCAAAGCACUGGGGAGAACACUGCGUAUCUCCCUAUUCAGCACUCACACUUAUAUGGGAUCAUAGUUAUUCCAUCACAGUGCCUAUAGUUUCUCUUCACUUAUAGAGACCUGUGGACUCUGCACUUAUGUAGACUAUAUGGAUUUUUGGUGUUGUAAAAGAAGUGUCAGAAAGUAAAUAAAUAAAUGAAAAUAAA